AUGACGCUAAAUUUUCAAAAGCACGCUGCAGCGAUACAGUCAGCUUAUGAUCGAGUCGUUUCGUCCGAAUCAAAUGAAGAAUGGGUUAUAUUCGAUUACGAUGGCAUUUCAAACGUCUUGAAAGUCGGAGAUGAAGGAGAUUAUGGUAUCGAAGAAUUCGCAACAAGUUUCAAUUCGGGAAGACUACAAUAUGGAGUGAUCGGUGUUCGUCCUGAGAAGAAUGCCUUGACAAAAAUUGUUCUUGUGCACUGGCAAGGAGAGGGGGUGCCGUCUGCUCGAGUGGCGGCGACAACGUCGCACAUUGAUGCCGUGCGGCGAUACUUGAAGAAAGUACACGUGACCAUCUAUGCGCGAAGCGAAAUUGACGUCGAGCCAGAUGUCAUUCGUAGGGAAGUCGCCAAAUUGCCUCCCACCUUUUCAUCACCUACGCAGUACCAAGGAGCCAACAAUGUGGACCAACACAAAGCGGUUCAAGAAAGAUUGCUUAGAAGUCCGAACAAACUCAAUUCCCAUCGAAAGGAAAUAUUCGAACAGAAAGAGACUGCGGCUCUCCCUCACUCAAUUGCAGUGUCGCAUCAUAACGAAAAGGAGAAAUCAUCAGUUCCUACAGCAUCAUCCCGUGAGCUCUGUCACACGUCGUUGUCACCUCUUCUCAGGAAUUACAUUCAUGUUGUAAUUGCAGUGUCGCCCCAGCAAACCCAAAUAUAUUCAUGCGAUUCGGCAGCUUCUCGCAGCGAGUCCGGAUACGAGACAGCAGGUGACAGCAAAGCUGCCACCGCUGAUGAAAUACCACAACAUAACGAACAGCCACUCACUCUUGUCGGUGGGCUUAAAGCCAGAGCACUAUGGGAUUAUCAAGCCGCCGAUGGCACGGAAAUUUCCUUCGAACCUGAUGAUAUCAUUACGGAGAUUGAUCAGGUUGAGCUGAGCGCUCUAUGGUGUGGGCUGGUUAUGCCCCUUCAUAUGGCUGCUCAAGCUCAGGAGCGAGGCAAGUUUUCGGUAUCUUCUUCCCGGAUGCUUUGA